AUGCUUCAACAAAUCACCAAUUGGGGUGCCUGGGCUAUCCCAGAUUGGAUUCAGAUGUGCAGGGCAAUGUGUGAUAAAACCAGGCAUGUUGAAUACCAUUUUGAGUUUGAUGCUUCCAGGUGUUCAGAUGAGGAUAAGUUUAUGCUAGCCCAAUUAAUAUUCUGCAACCAUCUUGGUCCCAUUUCACUGAAUAGAUUUUCUUUUACAAAGGAUUCGAUUUUAGACACUUUUGUGAUUGCUCAAGUUGGAGAUUGUAUAAACAUUUCGGAAUCUUUAUAUUCUCAAAUGGAAGAGCUAACUGCAAACCAAGAGGGACACAUGCCACAAAACCGAAUCAUUGUACAAGAUGAAGACCAUGCACUUGACUCCGAAGCUUCAAGCUACAAAAGGACCGAAAGGCUACCACUAAAUGGUGCUUUAUUGGUCAAAAAUAUCCACAGGGUACUUAGGAUUUCUGCUUCCGAUGGUGAAAAUGUGAUCGAGUGUGUAGAUCUAGAUGGGAUUUUUAGAAACAGCGCACCCGCUUAUGGAAGCAAAAUUGCGCUAUUUCCUGGCCUCGAAAGGCAAAGAGAUAUCCUACUUUUACGUGCUAAAUAUGUCUUUCAUUUGGGAGGCAGGGCUUGUCGCGAUUCGUCUGCAGCCGAUAAAUUUACGUUUUUAUCGAACAAAUUGAAGGGCAGAUGA